AGGAAUGCUAAAUAGUUGAGGACAUUUUUAGUGAAUAACAUGAUGUGAAACCACCAUUCUUGAACCACUUUUUGUUCCAUUAUCAAUCAAUCAAUCGAUCAAUCAAUCAAAGCUUUAUUUAUAAAGCGCCUCCGCAACCCUGUCAGGAAGCCCAAAGUGCUGAACAUGGUUCAGUUGAAGGUAAAUAUAUUGAAUAAAUCAAAAAUAAAAGCAAUUCAAAUUACAAAAUACAAAUUAGAAAAUAGGUGAAACAUUCUGGUACAGGACAAAUGUGUAAAACAAUGGAUAGAGUGAACCAAUUAUUAUCUGAUUAGGACUGUAUCUUAUCAUCCACCACAAAUGAUACAUUUUUAUUGGCAUUCUGCUUACAUAAUUAAUAAGUUGGUUUAGGUAAAACAUAUCUCGUCCAGUUUUGUGUUACUUUUUUCACUUUAGAAACAGUUUUGCUCAGAUUGGGAACUAGUUGUUAUGAAGUCAAUCCAGUCCAUUUGGUGACGUUACAUAGUCAAGCUAAGCAACUAGUUAUCGUGUGAAUCAUUUGCUAUCAUACAGAUUUCUGUGUGUUGUCUAACCUUAUAAUCAGUCAUACAUUCUUGGAAUAUUUACUAAUCAAACAAAGGAUUACUGUAAAGACUCCUCCCUGCUGAACUACAGAUCAACACUAAAGAAACAUCGGGGCAGCAUCAAGAUCUCAGGCUCUGCAGAGAUGUCUGGGCUGGCUUUGCUGUCUUUCUUGCUCCUGCAGACUGGAGUUUCUAGUUUUGGAACAUAUCCCAGUUUUAUAAAUAAUUUAAUUUUUGACGGAUCCCUCAACCACCAAGAGAUUACAGAGAAGGCAAUCCUAAAUGUCACAGUACAGGUGUGUCGAGCUCUGGCUCUGACCGAAGGCAAGGACUUCACUUUUCCAUCACAGCCCUUAACAGCUGAAUCCGUCGUUGCUGCUUGUGAAGCACCAAAAUCCUCCAAAACCUUUGUUGAAACCAUCAGCCAGAUUCGGCAGAUGAACUAUGUCACAGACCUUAGGUAUCCAUUCGACCCGCACUAUCACUGUGAUGAAGAGAAAUUAAGAGAAGGACAGAAGCUAAUAACUGAUGGCUUAGCUGCUGUAAAAGCUGCCAAUGACCAACAGAACUAUGUUUCAGCAGCAUCCAUCCUGGGCAGAGCGCUCCACACCUUACAGGAUUUCUACAGUCACAGUAACUGGGUGGAAUUGAGGAACACAUCCCCAAACUCCAAUUUGAUCCGUGCAAAUGCCGACAUCGGAACCAUCGCGAAUGAAAGCAGAAAAACCUGUCGCAGCUGCAAUGGAGACGACUGCAGCAACAACAUUUUGGAAGACAUCUUAAAGGAAAACAUUCUUACUUCAGGAUAUUUUUCACUUUUGCCCUCCAAACCUUCAGGAAAAUGCAGCCAUGGAAAUCUUCCUGAUGCAACCAGCUUCCGAGAACCUAAAGGUGGGAUCAACAAAGACAAAUUCUCCUCCAGCCACGGGGAUCUCCACGAGAAAGCAGCUAAUCUCGCCAUCGCUGCAACCAGUGAGCUGCUGGAAGAUGUUCGAGGUGCAGCUGGAGACAAAAAAUUCCUUGAGAUGAUGGGAAUCUCCAGAGGAUCCAGUAAAGCUCUCUGUUUUGUGGUCGACACGACAGGAAGCAUGAGUAAUGACAUUGAUGCAGUGAAAAAUGUCACAUCUUCUAUAAUCGACAGCAAAGUUGGAACAGAAGAUGAACCAUCAUCUUAUGUUCUUGUUCCCUUUAAUGAUCCAGAUUUUGGGCCACUGAUGAGAACUACUGACCCAAAAGAGUUCAAGACUUACAUCAACUCACUGUCAGCCGAAGGGGGAGGAGAUUUUCCAGAAAUGAGUCUUUCCGGAUUGCAGCUGGCUUUAACUGGCACUCCUCCGAAUUCUGAGAUCUUCCUCUUCACUGAUGCCACUGCUAAAGAUGAAUACCUGAAAAAUACAGUGACUGCACUUAUUGAAAAGACCAAGACAACGGUGAACUUUAUGAUAACUAACGUGUUAGGCUUCCGUCGUCGAAGACAAGUUUCCAACAAUCAGCAGCAAAGCCGUCAGAUGGUGAGAUCAGACACUCAGCUCUACAGAGACCUGGCUCAAGCUUCAGGAGGUCAAGCUAUCCAAGUCACAAAGUAUCAGCUUCUGGAAGCCACCAGUAUCAUUAGAGAAUCCACCCUCUCCUCUCUGGUCAUCCUUUUGCAAGCAUCCAGGAAUCCUGGAAAGGUGGAAAAUUUCACUUUUUCAGUUGACAAGUCAAUAACAAACCUGACAAUUUACAUCACCGGAACGCCUGUUGAUUUCACACUCAUCAACCCUUCAGGUGUGAUUCAAAAUGUCUUCAACACAACAGGAUCAUCAGUCAUUUCAUCCCAGUCUGUCGGAAACUUCCAGACUCUACGUCUUAAAACUGAAAUGGGAGUGUGGAAAAUAGGAAUGAUGACAACAAAUCCAUAUAAUCUGAAGGUUGUAGGUGGGAGUCCAGUCAACUUUCUGUUUAACUUUGUGAAGGAGUCAAGCGGCCCAGUUGAAGGGUUUGAUCCAAUAGACAAUCGUCCAACAGCUGGUGGUAAUGCCAGUUUGAUUGUCACACUAAUUGGGAGUGACAUUGCUACUGCGACAGAGGUCACUCUAGUUGAAUCUUCGGGUUCAGGUCAAGUUAAGAGCACCAUGGCUGCUCAAGGUGGAGGACAGUUCCUUUUUCGGUUUGAUAAAAUCCCAUCGUUUGAGUUUGUGGUUCUCCUGAAGGGUCAGAGCAUCAACAGCAACUCCAGAGCAGCCUCAGAGAUCUUCCAAAGGCAGUCCUCCACCAGCCUGAGAGCUUCUGAUCUAACUGUCAUCGCUGGUAAAUCCGACACUUUCUUGAAGCCAGGAACACCACAGUCAGUUCCCUUCUCUGUGACCACAAGUGGUGUAGGAGGAAGUUUCACCAUCCAAGCUACCAAUGAUCAAGGUUUUGAUAUAAGUUUCCCACCCAGUUUGUCCUUGGAUGCUGGAGGUAGUGCUAAUGGUACAGUAAACAUCACAGCACCUCCUGACACCCCAUCUGGUACCAGUGUCACUCUGACCAUUGAGGCUACAGCACCAGGAGGUGCAGACACCAACUAUGCUGUGCUCCGUUUCAUCUUCCUUCAACCGGUGACUGAUUUCACUCAGCCAUCAUGUCAGCUGCUCAGCCUGCAGGCCAACUGCUCUGACAACUGCAGACUGUCAGUUUGGGAGCUCUCUGUCCAGGUCAGCGAUGGAGUUAAUGGGACAGGUGUGGCGAGUGUCAAUGUCAGACAAGGCAACGGCACCUUCAACAGCAGCAGUGUGAUUGGUAGUGAGAACAAAACUGUGGUGUCGUACGUGGCUUCCUGCUGCUCACCUGAUGUGCAGCUGGUGGCUGUGGAUCAGGUGGGCAACGUGGAGGUGUGUAGCUACUCUGUUCGUAAGAUCAUCACACCUACGGUCGCACAAGCUGUCACAGAGGCUUCAUCGACCGUGACAACACCUACAGUGGCUUCGUCCACAAGAUCUGUGCAGUCUGUCCUAUUUUGCUUGGGAUUCUCUUUCUUUGUGUUUAUUUGCUAAUCUGAGGUUUAAGGUAGAAAGACCUGCUGAAAUCUUUAUUUAGCUAUGAUAAAAUUUUAUCUCUGGCUUUAAUAGUUGUAAACUUAACUUUUAAUCAAUAUUAAUCACUACAAUAAAAGGUUUCUAGGGAAAAUGGAAUGGAAACUGGGUUACGUUUAUAACUAUAACAUGUAUUUUUCUGUGCUUAGGUGUUUGUGGAGGUUAAAAAUAAUUUAUUAUGCAAACCAAAUUUUUUGCAUUUUUUGGCUGUCAUUUCAGUCUCUGCAGCCUCUAUAUGCCUCAAAAUUUGAAUAACACCAUCCAACCAUUUUCUGUGAGUGUUUGGAUUUUAAGAAUUGUAAGUCUAAUUCGAGGCCUUUGAAAAAGUCGCAGUUUGUGACAUCACAAUCAGGGAAAUUAGCAUGGAAUCCCCUCUUACUUGUUGCUGGAGGAGCAGCAGUGGCUCUGCUCUGAGCUCUUCCUGGAUAUAGGGUGUCUAAGUCACCCACAUCUAUCUCCUGACCUUCGGCCCCUGGAAAAGAGAAAUGAAUGCAAGUCAAGGUGGUUAUUUUCUAAUCCCAUGUUACAUGUGCCAUAUAUGUCACAUAUGAUGUCCAUGAAUUUUAUGGAUACACUUUGAUUCCAAUAAAAUGCUUUGUUGUUUU